AUGGAGGACCUAAAUAUAGCGAGCAGCAUCCCUGUUGACGAGGACUAUGGUGAAUUCGAGUACCUGGAGGACGAGGAGGCCAGUUCCGCAUACUCAGUCGCUUCAUCAGUCUACAAUUUCCGGGUCGAAAAUGGUCGUCGCUAUCACGACUACAAAGACGGCCACCCGUUUCCCUACGACGAAGUCUCGGAAGAGAACGAACAGGUCCUGCACGCAAUGGUUCUAGUUCUCUUCGACAACAGAUACUUUAUUUCUCCUAUCGACGAAGCCAAUCUACAAUGUGUCGUGGACGUGGGUACGGGGAAGGGCCUGUGGGCUGAAGGGGUUGCUGAAAGGUACCCGCAUGUCCAGGUCGUGGGCAUCGACACUAUUCAGCACGAGCGCUCGCUCCAGCCCAACUGUUCCUUUAUUCUUCAGGAUGCCACCGACGAAUGGGUCCUAGAUGACCCUUCGAUGAAGUUCGACCUGGUUCAUAUCAGAAACUUGUUUGUGGGAGUAAGAGACUGGGAUGCAUUAUACGCUCAAUGUUUCGAGAAAAUGAACUCUGGUGGAUGGAUCGAACAAAUCGAAGUGGAGAUCAUCGCCCAUGUCGACGACGAGUCUGCACUCCCAGACAGUCAGAUCAUGAAGCUAUGCAGUUUCGCCGACGAAAUGACGGCUGCCUCUGGGAGAGAUUUCCGUGCCUCGUCCAAGAUGAAGACUGCAAUCGAGGAAGCUGGUUUCGUCGACGUCCAGGAGCAGAGGGUCAAGCUUCCCUUGGGUCCUUGGGCUUCUGAUCCGAAAUUCAAAGACAUCGGGAGGUUCUUUGAGCGGUUCUACAAGACGGGUCUUCAGGGUUGGCUCCUCCAAAUUUGCAUCAGAUACUUUGGGUGGACACUGCAAGAGGUCAACGACGCAUGCGUCAAAGCAUUCCAAGAGAUCAACUCACGCCAACAACACAUGUAUUUCACACUAAUCAUUGUAAUCGGUCGAAAACCUUGA